AUGCCUUUCGCCAUGUUCCAAUGUGCCAAGUCCAUCGUGCAGAGUUUCACAGGAAUCGCCAGCGAAGAUUUUAAUGACUUUGUUUCCCAGCACCUGGAGGACGGCAGCAGCAGCAGCAUGGGUUCUGCGGUGAGUUUCUUCGAGGGAAGCUUCGCCCAGGCCCUGGCGGCUGCAGCGGAUGGAGGGCAACGGACGGAGGGCAGGCAGCUGUUGCUGCUGUGGCUACACCAGAAGGAUGAUGAAGACGCCCAAUACCUUUGUCGAAGCCUCUGGGCCGAUCCCUCCAUCGCCGCGGAGCUGGCGUGUCGCGUCCUGCCCUGGGCGGGCGACGUGUGCCGCUACGAAGCCGGGGCGGUCUGCCGCGCCGUGAGAGCUGAGUGCCCUGGCCUGGUGCUCAUCAAGGUUUGCCAGGAAGGAGCUCCAGGUGCUAUCGAGUGGCCCCGGGGCUCCUUUUUUCAGGUGCUCUACACUUUGCCUGCGCGUGUGUCUCCAAGGGAGCUGCUGCGUGUCCUGAAAUCCGUGGCGGAUCAGCAAGACCUUCAGCAGCAGUUGCAGAGGCAGUGGCAACAACAACUGCUUCACCUCGAGCAGUUUGGGCAAAAUGUCGCCAAAGCCCUUGAGGAGGCGCAGGCGACCUCUCAGCGGCUGGAGGAGCUACGAAAGUGUGAAGAGGAAGAGCGGCCAUGUUGGGGCGCCCUCUUCGAGUCACGCUACGAGGUGACGCCGCAUGCUUUCCACCCUGGUGGCUUUGCAGAAGCUCACCAUGCAGCAAUGGAUGCGAAGAAACUGCUGCUGUUGUGGCUGGACUCGUCCUCCUCCACGUUCGAUCCGCGCAUCAUGGCCGAGGAGGUCUUUGAGGCUUUUGUGAAGGAGUACUUUGUGUUUUGGCCUGGCGAUGCUGAAAAGUGGCUUCUGCCGGUGCAGUUGAAGGAGAUGUUGCGCCUCGAAGCGCCAUGCUUUGUGAUCCUGGAGCCCUUGAGCGUCUACGAGGUUGAGGUCUUCCCCUGGUCCGACCCGCGGCACUCAGCGGUGGAGUGGCCCAUUGGCUGCGCUUGGGCCUUCCUGGGUGCACUGCAGCAGCCCGAGCUGUCGGAGGACGCCCUGAUGGCCUUCAUGUCCCAGCACGGUGAUGCCAGCGUGGUGCGUCUGGCAGCGAAGGAGGCGAGGCGUCAGGAAGAAGAAAGGUGCAGAGAGGAGGCCAGGCGCCUGCGAGAGGAACAGGACCAAGAGUACCAGGAAUCCCUCCAGAAGGACCAGCAGCGCAGCAGUUUGAGCGCCGCUCGCCGCAGAUCUGCGCAGGAAUUGCCCAAGGAAGCGACUGCUCCACGGAAGGACGGCUGCCACUUGGUGCUUCGCUUCCCCUGUGGACGUCGUGCUGCCUCUUGGUCCAGGAUAGUCCAGGGAUGCCAGGAGAGAGGAUUCACCGCUGAGCAGACGCUUUCAGAGGUGUACGACUGGGCGGACUGCGCAGGGGAGCUGGCUGCUUUGUCUGGUGGCACUGCCUUUGAAGUACCGGAGAAAUUCCUGUUGGCCACGACCUACCCCAAGGCCGUGCUGAAAGAUCAGAAGAAGACCUUGCGACAACUGAAACUUUUGCCCUCGGCGGUGCUCACGGUGUGUCCGGAAUAGCCACCGAGACUUACAGAAAUGGUUGGCUACCUUGGAGCCCUGGGUAUGGCAUCCCAAUGCUCCAAAUUGGUUCUGAACAUUGUGCCAGCCCCCCAGUUCCAAUGUAUAGAACUUAAAUGGGUUUCAUUGGCUCUGGUGGAGUAAACACCCUGUUUUGUGAACAGCUUUUUGGACAACCACACUUCGACACUUCGCAGCUACAGCGCCCAAAGAGGUGGCCAGUCUGGUGAAAAA